AUCUGGAGCGUGCUGGUGGAUGGUGUCUGCCCCGGUCGCGUAGCGACGCGGCAGCUUGUGUCAGAUCGGUGUUGUCAGAGCGGUGAGCGGGACGAUCGGGGAAGCGGCGUCUCUCGCUCUCUCUCUUCCUGGUUCUACAAUGCGUCUCCGGUGAGGAUGGGUGUCCCGUGGAGUGCUGGACUUGAGCCUAGCGACCGCACAAUGCGACUGCUCGUCCUGCUUACAGCUCUGGCGCUGCUGUUCAACUCGGCAGCUGGAAACUGUUCCAAAGCACUUGACUGUGCAAUAAAACGAAGAGAAUCUUGCACACCUGGAUUGAAGGGUUGUGGGUCGUGUCUCCCUGAAUUUAUUGAAGACGAAAAAGGAAAUUGUGUACAGAAGCACUCUGUACAGCAAGGAAAACACCAUGGAGCCCCAGAUAUUGAUGGCGAUAUUGAUUACAUAGCAUCGAUCCUAGCCAAAAAAGUUGAUAGUUCACAUACGCUACGGCUAGAUGCAGUAGAUGACAGGAUGCAGGCUGUUAAACUACAAGAUGAAUCAAGAGCAGUUCGUGCAGAUAUACCAUCCAAUAAAGAUGAGUCCAUUUUGACCACACACACACCGCAAAAAAAACCUACUAAAGUGUCAGCAGUGAAGAGUGACCCAAAGAAAGCCCCUGUUCCUGUCGCUGAUGCCGUCCUGCUCACUCUAAUCAUCACAUGCACAGUGGCAGGUAUUUCAGGAUUAAUAGUUGCUGGUAUCUACUGGUACAGGCUACAGAAAGAGGUGAAGUUAACUCAGAAAGUAGAUUAUGUAGGCUACGGCAAAACUGGACCCAAUGCCCAAACUGAGAAAUCCCUGAACGGGGACAAUAAACUGGCACAGAGUGCACAGAUGUACCAUUACCAACACCAGAAGCAGCAAAUGUUAUCAAUGGAAAAAAAUAAAGAUGAAUCCAAAGUAGCAGAUUCAGCUACAGAAUCCGAAGGAGAAAAUGAAGAUGGUGAUUUCACCGUAUAUGAGUGCCCAGGACUAGCUCCAACAGGAGAGAUGGAGGUCAAGAAUCCACUUUUUGAUGAUUCCUCUCUACAUCAUCCACCAACCAGUAGCUAGAUCUUCUGCUAUUUCUCUGGACUGUACACUUCAAGAAGGGAGAAUUAACUACAUCACAAGAGAUCGUUCAACUGUGCACCAAAGGACUGUUUGCAUCUCCAUUGAUCUCACUCCUGUUUCUGACUGCUGGGGGGAUUUCGGCCCAAUCCUAACCCCCCCAUCCAGGUGGUAUAGUAAAUUCUGUAUUGGUUGCUGUCUCCUUAACUAAGUCCUGUGCUGAUGCCUCAAAAACACACACACACACACACACAUAUGCUGGCUUUAUACUUGAGCUGAUUUGCUAGGCAGUUUAUGAGAGAUUCUUUGAUCCCUGGAAUCUUCUUGCUUCUGCAAGGCAUAUUAUGUUUGAUGGACUGGAGAAUGAUGGAAGGAACCAUAUCAAGGAAAAGUUCCUUGACCAUUAUUCCUGCUCAAUGCCUUCAAUGCAGUAAGUUCUGUAUGGAACGCUUCUGCAACAGACAAACUGGCACAUAGUUGCCAAUAUAGCCAAUUUAGCAGUGCAGCCCAGUCCAGGUGAAGGGUCUCAACCUGAAAUGUCAUCUGAUUAUUUCCCUUCACAGAUGCUGUCUGACUUGCUGGGUUCCUCUGGAGUCUUGUUUGUUGCAGACGGUUUAGCAGCAUUUUUCCUCAUUCUCCUAUUUGGGGAGCACUGAGAUGACAUUCUCAAUUUGAUCAGAAAGUAAUGAGUGAAAGUGCAGGAAAGGUACAACUGGGUUGAUGUGGGGUUUAUUGUGCCUCAUUUUUGUAAUGUUUAGGUGGUUGUAAAAGCAUCUCACAGGAUUAUCAAAGGGGACAAAUAGAUAUUUAAUUAUUUUAAAUUGCAAUCUGACAGAACUGUUCGCUGAAGUAACAGUCUAUAUGUUCAGAUGCUAUUAACUGUCUAUUGCAGUAACCUGUCAAUAAAUUUCUAUUCCAUCAGAAUAUGGUGUGUUAUCAGCCAUCCCUAAUUUUGAGUAAAGUCUUUGAAUGAGGCAGUUAUCAACACCCACACAGAUGAACAAUAAUUUCUAUUGAGGUUUUCUAAAUUCUUCUGCUCAUUAAGUAUUUAACAAAAAAGGCUCUUUUUUUGGGAAUAUAAAGUUGGGUUGUAUUUACUGAGGGUUACUGAAAUAGGGAACCCAGGCGCAAAACAAAGACACCCCAGCCUCCUCAACUUGUGUUCAUAAAUAUUGACCAAGAGCUGAAGGCUAAUUCUUUACUGCCUCCAAAGCAGAAGUUUACUGCAACAUAGCUAUUGUUUGCUACCCUUCCAUUUUCCCCAUUCCUAAAACUCCACAUCAUCAAAGUGCAACGUUUCCUUUACAUUGUCUGUCUUACUUUUCCCACCACUUCCCCGACAAAACACAAAACAGAUCAGCAGGUAGUGUAGCGGCUGGUGUAACACUGUUACAGUGCCAGUAACCCAGGUUCACGUUUCCUGCUGUCUGUAAGGAAUUUGUACAUUUUCCCUGUAACUGAAUGGACUUCCUCCCAGUAUUUCAGUUUCCUCCCACAUUCCUAACAUGUAAUUAGGCAUCACUGGCUCUUUGGGCCAGAAGGGCCUGUUAACUUGCUGCAUUUCAAAAUAAAUAAAUUGAAGAGAUUACUUUGAAUGUUUGCACAUGAGCUGACAGUGAACAUAAAUGCUGAUCAGUUCCUUGUUUAAUGAAAAUAAUGGAGCUCCAUUGUUCACCUUAUAUCAACUUGUGAAAAUCAGGUUUGUCCAUCAACAGUAAUGGUCAAACUUGCAGUAGAACUGCAGAGCUGAUAUAUCAGCAUCUAAGAUAGAAAAGAUGUCAACAUUAUAGCUGUAGGGCCCAUAUCUGGUAGUGCAUGAACUUGUACAGUAUAGGAGGAGGCCAUUCUGCCCCUUCAUACCUGUGCCUGUUCUUUUAAAUAGCUACAUUAUUAGUUCUUUCCCCUUGCUGCUGCAAAUUUCUAAGUUCAAAUCAGAACACAGCAGCAUAGAAAAUUCAAUCAAGCUGGUAGCUUGUGAGGUAAAAGCAGGGAAACAAAUGACAAGCUGCUAUAAAAAUUCUGCUAACCACUUCUACCUGCUCUUUCUUACAUUUCAGUCCUGUCUGCCAUACACAGUAUCCUUCGAAGUAGCCUGGCAAACCACAUGUUUGGGCAAUAAAUAUAAUCCUGCAAGCAUUGAAGGAAUUAGUAUUUUUAAAAAAUGACCAGCCUCUAGACCUUGGGCAAGGAAUCAGUUUGCAAACUAAUUUGUAUUUAUUGAAACAGUUUUAUUGAGGCUGUAGAGAGUUGCCUUUCCCUUCUAAAAAUGUCGCUCUCCUAGCAGAAUUUUUAUACCUGGAAUUUCAGUAUCCCUGAAAUAAGUGCACAUUGUAUCUCUGUUGUGCAGCAUUUAAAGCAGGUGUUUGUUUCUCAAUGGGAAAUGAUAACUUUGUAUAGUAGCCAUAAAGUUUCCUUGGUAUGAUGAAGUUGUGUGAAUGUAAUAUAACAGAAUGUAUAUGCAGGGGCAAUUUUAAUUAAAACAAUGAAGGAAAUGUCUACAUUGUGUAAAAAUGAUUGGAACAAAUUUUAAUCUAAUUCAAAAUAAUUAUGAAGUAAUUUACGUGGAAGUUUAUAGACACAGAUACCUAGUUAAAACUAGAUGAAAUUUUGCUUACAGGCCAACUGGGAAAGUUUUAUUAUGCCUUUAUUUUAAAGAGUUUUAAAGAAAAAUAAUUCCUAUGCUCCAAUUUAUAACUGAGGGUUUAAUAAUAUAUGAUAUGACAGAGUUAAUUUGGGGAUGUUUUAUGUAAAGCAUACUUUAUUGAGAGCACAUUGAUCCCACUAUUUCAGUCCAAGUUCUAACCCACAGGUAAUUAAUUAUAGGAGUCAACUGUGGUCCAAAUUAAGAAAUCGGCUUAUGCCUGAAGUGACAGCUUAACUGGUGUCAACAGGUCACUAAAACUCAGCAACUGUUGGGCAACCACUUCUGUUCUGUAAAAUUAAACCAAUAUUGAACUGCACAGCUGAUAUAUCAGCAUCUAAGAUAGAAAUGAUGUCAACAUUAUAGUUGUAGGGCCCAUAUCUGGCAGUGCAUGAACUCGUACAGUACAGGAGGAGGCCGUUCUGCCCCUUCAUUCUUGUGUCUGCUCUUUUAAAUAGCUACAUCAUUAGUUCUAUUCCCCUGCUGCUGCAGAUUUCCCCAAAUACUUAUAUGUAAUUAAUCUUCACAUUAAUUUUCAGAUGGUGUUGACACAUUUGAAUGUAACUAAUUACAUUAAAAAAUCUGCUGGUUAAAGUUCUUGGUCAGGAAAUCUCUAGUGCACGAAUCAGCACCUUUUAUGUCUUUAUGUAGUUUUUUUUUUAAAAUACUUGAAGCACUAAGCAUAAAGAAAGUAGCAGUUUUGGUUUCCAGAAUCUUUACAGUGAGGGUUAGAAUCUGUUAACAAUUAAGCAAAAUGGUGACUUACAGAAACAGUAACAAUUACUUAAGCUUCAAAACUACUGUAUCUGGAAACUACUGCUUUCCAUGUGAAAGAUUAAUUGUAAGCCAGCUCCUUUAAUUUUAAUGCUGAUGUUUAAACUGUUAAGAUCACACUUUCCAUCUCAUUGUAACUUAUGUGCAAAAAUAUGCUUUCAGUUUAAAAUGAGUAUGCAAUCUAAUGUGCUGGCUGAUGUUAAUAUUUCAUUUUUGGAGGAGGCUUGUUUUGUAGGUGGUUACGUGCAAAAUGCUUUAAGUUGUGAACUACACAGCACAUUGCGUAGAAUGAAGUGCAUCCAAAGUUCAGGUGGGUGAUGUUUGCAUUAGGUGAAUGCUUUGGAUCGGAUAUUCAAUACUCUCCCUCUUGGUUUCUUUUUUUCAUUAUGUGAGUAGCCACAGGGAUUGUGGUGACCUCUCACAUUCCAGUGUUCUGGUCUGGACAUGUCUUGUGCAUUCAUGCAUUUAUUACCUGUUGAAGUUUAUUUUUGUUGUGUCUUUGUUGACAGUAUCAUUUGUUUCUUCCAAACUAGUCACCAUGUUUUCAAAUAUCUGUUCUUGCAUAUCGUAUAUUGUAUUUUUCUGUGAAAAUAAAUUCAUUUGAUGAA